CCCACACGCACACACGCAUCCGCUCCAUCCUUCCGCUAGUGUUGCUCGCAGCAGUCGGCGCCCCGCACCCUGCCCACCGUCUUCGAACCUUCUCCUCUCUAGUCUCUCUCUCGCUACUGACUCUCCUCUCCCGUCCCGUCCUCGCCACCCCACCCCGACGAGAGACGGCCACCGGGCCAGCAGCGAUCUUCUUCGUCUUCUUCUUCUUCUUCCCCGCGCCCAGCCUCGGGAGCCCGGCGCCGAGACCUACCCGCGAGUGCAGGCACAAAGUUAUACUGCCUGGGUGAUCUCCCCUGCGGACCAGCUUCCCUCAACACUAGCAUAGAUCUACAGUGCAUGGCCGAGGCUUUCAUUGACCUGUAGUUUUUGUUAGUCAUUGAGGGUGGUGCACUGACAAUGGGCUCGCGAUCAAAGAGCGAAGAUGACAAGGCUCUUGUCUUGUGUCAGGAAAGAAAACGAUUUGUCAGAGAAGCUCUUGAUGGAAGAUGUGCUUUUGCAGCUGCUCAUUUUGCUUAUAUUCAGUCACUUAGGCACACAGGAUUUGCUCUGAGAAAAUUCAUGGAGCCUGAAGUGCCAACGGAUUCGUCCCUGUUCACAUCAACAUCUGCCACUCCAGAGCUUCCUACCAUGAGGCAGAAAUCGAUGAACCUUUCCCCAUCCCUUUCACAUCAUGCUAGUGACUCUUUCUCCCCAGUUCCAUCACCUUUAUCUUCAGGACGUUUCCAUGUCAACCAUAUGAAAGCUGGGGGGAGCUCAGUGACAACUGUCAAGGAGAAGUUGCUUGAACCUGUAAGAGCCACUCUGCAAACAUCAUCCCCUGUGCGUAGACAAGCUAUCCAUGAUCUGGAUGAUAGUUCCACAUUUGAAGCUCGGCCCGGUACACCACCAUGGGACUACUUUGGCCUUUUUCAACCUGUUGAGAGCCAGAUCUCAUUUCAUGAUGAGAAGGAACUUGUUCAUGAAUAUGAAAAUUCUGAUGAUAUCAGGCGUCUUCGUGAGAAGGAGGGAAUCCCAGAGCUUGAAGAGGAAGUGGAGAAGUCUCCUGAUCAUUCUGAUUUUAUAACGAGGCGCCUAGGAGAGGAUAAAGCUCCAGAUCUCAAAGAUGUUGAGAAGUCUCCUAUGAAUGGUGGAGAGGAUGAUCUUGCAUUGUCAGAAGAUGAUUUUGACAAUCCAACGUCUGAAUCUUUAGUACGUGUGUUCAAGAAUCGCAAUGACACACCUGCUGGAUAUACUGCAACAGGUCAGUCACCUGUACAGCAUGCUACAGAUGAGUUAAGUUCAGAAACGAUUGGUUCUCAGACCGCAGGACCAAAAGAUGGCAUGGCAGUUGAUUCUCAGGCUGAGAGACCAAGAGAUGGCAUAAGAGUUGAUUCUCAGACUGAAAGACCAAAAGAUAACAUGAGAGUUGAUUCUCAGACUGAAAUGUCAGAAGAUGGCACGAGAGUUGAUUCUCAAACUGAAAGACCAAAAGAUGACACUGGAGUUGAUUCUCAGACUGUAAGACCAAAAGAUGACACGAGGGUACUGGACAUUAGCAUGUAUGAAAGUGACGAAACUCCUGUGGCAAGCCCUGUGAAAGAAGUUUCAUCUUCAACUGCUGCUCUUCCUAUGAAUGGGAAAUCAAAGGAAACUUUUCGUGAUGUGAGGAAUGUGGUGAGGGAUUUAAACUCAUGCAUGAAGGAGAUUGAGAUCUUAUUUAUCAAGGCAUCUGAUUCUGGAAAAGAAGUUCCGAGGAUGCUUGAAGCAGAUAAAGUCAAUUUCCGCCCUUUACUACCAGAAGAAAAAGCACCUGGAUCAACGGCAUCCGGUUUUUUUGCAAAUUUAUUUGCUUGUUGCAGAGAGGAAGUCCCUGUUCCUCAACCUCCUCCUCAGGCUGACGUGAAGUACCUUACCUGGCAUAGAUCAAUGUCUUCACUUUCUUCUUCAUCUAGAAAUCCUCUUGGGACAACAACAAAAGAUGACACUGAUGGUCUCACUGGAAAUAUCUUUAGUGGCGUAUACAUGAAUGCUGGCAGUCAUGCAUCCACACUGGACAGGUUGUAUGCAUGGGAGAGAAAGCUUUAUGACGAAGUUAAGGCGAGCAGUGCAAUUUGCAGGCAAUAUGAUGAGAAAUGUAGGCAACUAAGACACCAGGAAUCAAGAGGAGAAAGCCAAAUGAGUAUUGACAAAACCCGUGCUGUUGUGAAGGAUUUGCACUCCAGAAUUUUAGUGGCCAUUCAGCGAAUAGACAUGAUUUCGAAGAACAUAGAGGAUAUAAGGGACAAAGAGCUUCAACCACAGCUAGAGGAAUUGAUUGGAAGCUUAACUCGCAUGUGGGCAACAAUGCUUGAGUGUCACCGGCAUCAACACGAGAUUAUUAAGCUAGUAUGCAACAGUGGCAGCAUGAAGGUCUCAAUUCGGUCAGAAUCACAGUUACAAGCCAGUCUGCUCCUCCAGGUUGAGCUAAGCACAUUAUGUUCGAACUUCCAGAAAUGGAUAUCAUCCCACAGAGCAUAUUUGAAUAGCCUAAAUUCAUGGCUACUCAAGUGUGUGAAGUCACUACAGAGGAGAAGGAAGAGUUCCAGGAAAAAGAAGGUUGAAGCUGAUCCAAUAACAAAGUAUGCUGUUGCGCCCAUAUUUAAAACUUGCGAGAGCUGGAUAGACUUAUUGGAUGACUUACCAACCAAGGACUUGGAGGAUGCCAUUAAAGGCCUUGCUGCAGUUAUACACCGCUCGAUGCCACACCAAGAGAAGCGACGUGGUAGUUCAAAGCUGACUUUCUCAUUAUCCCAUAGUGGAAGGUUAAAUGGCGAUAUGGGGGAAGUCCAGAGGAGUGACACGCCUACAGAUUUACAAUCAAGUUUGGAGAUAUUCCUAGGGAAGCUUGAAACCUUUUCGGAGGUUUCGUUGCAGGAGUAUAUGGUUCUCAAAGGGAAAAUUGAUGAUGCAAAGACGAAUUAUGAGAAGUGGAAGUAGUUUUGGUGCAGUCAGACUAGUGGCUCUAAUUUCUGGAAUGGAACAUAACCAGUCAUUUAUAGAUGGAUAAUUAAAUCAUCCGGGUGUAUAUGUCUGUUGAAAUAAUAGGGAUAAAUUACUUUUACCAUUUUUUAAGUUUCAAGUUAAGCCUAGGAAAGAAUUGUAGAUUACUGCCUGGUGCUAUGCCGCCUUAAGUCUGCGGUUGUAAAUGUGAGGUGGUGGUAAUUAAAUUCAAAGAUGUGGGGAUAUAAAGAUGUACAUUCCUGUGGUUAUAUCAGUAUAUGAGGGAUCCAUUUUCUUCA